AUGAUGCGCGAGUUGUUCGUUUACACAAAAAAAGAUCCACAACGAAUCCGGGUGGAGAUUAUCCGAGUAAAAUUUGGGAAGAACUGGCCACUUAAUGUACUCGAUGUUGGAAACAUUGGCCCCGAGAAAGAACUUAACCGUUUGCAGAAAUCUCAACGGAUGGAUUCUGUUCAAUUUAUCGACAGUAUUGAAAUGGAGGAGGAUUCCACCUGUGUUGUUCCUGGAGAUUGCUUCUGGAGUUUUGGACAGACACCAAUUCCAAGCACUGCAAAUGCAAUUCUGGUGAAGGAGCUGCUAGCAGAAUGUGAUGGCCUGCCACAUGCUCUUAAGGCGAUCGGAAGCUCUUUGCAUGGGAAAUCUCAUGAGGCUUGGGAAAGGGUAAUGAAAAAGAUUUCUAAAGGAGAAAGCAUAUCAGAUUAUCACAAAAAGGGACUAAUUAGAUUACUGCAGAUUAAUAUUGAUUCCUUAGAUGAUGUUGCCAAAGAAUGCUUCCAAGACUUAGGUUUAUUUCCAGAGGACAGGAAAAUCUGUGUGGAUACACUGUUGGGUAUUUGGGUUUAUGUUCGGAAUCUCCAGUGCCAUAAUGCAUUUGCCAUUUUGUCAGAACUUGCAAGCAAAAAUCUUCUGAAUUUAACUAGCACUUCAGGGUAA